AUGACUUUGAAUGCAACUUUAAGGGCAUUCUCCAACACUUCAACCAACCCAAUUCUCAGACUUGGACGAUACCAAUUUCACUGUCACUCCAACCCUUUUUUGCAAUCUCAUGCUGUUACCUUAAAUUCAGAGAGUCUUUUAAGGGACACUGACCCUCCCAUUGCACAACAACUGUUCGAUCAAAGUCCCAUUAGAGACCUCAAACGACAUAACCGGCUUCUCUUUGGUUCCUUUAGCAAUGAACAAUCCCAAGAAGCCCUCCACCACUUUGUCUUUCUUUGCCGUUCCAAUUUAUCUCCCGAUGAGUUAAGCAUGUGCUAUGUUUUGGAUUAUUGUGCUGGUUCCUCUGAUGGGACUGUCGGUGAACAAGUGCAUUGUCAGUGUGUCAAAUGUGGAUUGGUGCAUCAUGUUAGCGUAGGAAACUCUAUUGUUGAUAUGUACAUGAAAAAUGAAAAUUAUAGAGACGGGAGGAGAGUUUUUGAUGAAAUGGGUCACAGGAAUGUGAUGUCUUGGAAUUCCUUGCUCACAGGUUAUUCGUUGAAUGGGUUUAAUGGUCAGGUGUGGGAGUUGUUUUGUCAGAUGCAAGUUGAGGGAUAUAGGCCUAACUAUUAUACUGUUUCUACGGUAAUUCCAGCUUUGGCCAAGCUGAGUGUGGUUGCUGUAGGAAUGCAAACUCAUGCCAUGGUUGUAAAGCUCGGUUUCGAGGCAGAAAAAGUCGUGUGCAACUCUCUGAUUAGUAUGCUUUCAAAGUCAGGGAUGCUAAGAGGUGCUAGAGCUAUUUUUUAUGGCAUGGAGAACAAGGAUUCAGUUUCUUGGAAUAGCAUGAUUGCUGGACUUGUGAUAAAUGGACAAGAUUUGGAAGCUUUUGAAAUAUUUAACAACAUGCAACUUGCAGGGGCUAAGCCUACAAGCGCGACAUUUACAUCUGUUAUCAAGUCAUGUGCCAACCUUAAAGAAUUGGGGUUGUUAAGAGUGCUGCACUGUAAGACUCUUAAAAAUGGGUUUUCCAAUCACCAAAAGGUACUAACAACGCUCAUGGUAGCAUUAACUAAGUGCAAGGAAAUGGAUGAUGCCUUCAGUUUAUUCUCCUUGAUGGAGGGGGUUCAAAGUGUGGUUUCGUGGACUGCGAUGAUCAGUGGUUACUUGCAGAAUGGGGGAACUGAUCAGGCUGUGAAUUUGUUUUCUCAAAUGAGGAGUGAAGGUGUCAAACCAAAUCAUUUCACUUAUUCUGCCAUCCUUACUGUGCAACAUGUUGCUUUCAUUUCUGAAAUACAUGCAGAAGUCAUCAAAACUAACUAUGAGAAGUCAUCUUCGGUGGGAACUGCACUUUUAGAUGCUUAUGUUAAGAUAGGAAUUAUUAAUGAUGCUGUUAAAGUUUUUCAACUAAUUGAAGUCAAGGACGUAAUAGCUUGGUCUGCAAUGCUAGCGGGAUAUGCCCAAGCUGGAGAAACUGAAGAAGCUGCUAGAAUCUUUCACCAAUUAACAAAGGAGGGGAUUAAACCAAAUGAAUUUACCUUUUGCAGCAUCAUUAAUGCCUGUACAGCUCCAACAGCAUCAGUAGAGCAAGGAAAACAAUUUCAUGCUUAUGCAAUUAAACUGAGAUUGCAUAAUGCUCUGUGUGUAAGUAGUUCCCUUGUUACCAUGUAUGCAAAGAGAGGCAACAUUGAUAGUGCACAUGAAGUUUUCAAAAGGCAGAAGGAGAGGGACUUGGUUUCAUGGAACUCAAUGAUCUCUGGAUAUGCACAGCAUGGUCAGGCAAAGAAAGCAUUAGAGGUAUUUGAAAUGCAAAAACAAAAAUUGCAAGUGGAUGCUAUAACAUUCAUUGGUGUCCUUUCUGCCUGCACUCAUGCUGGCUUAGUGGAAAAAGGUCAAAACUACUUCAAUGCAAUGAUCAAUGAUCAUCAUGUUAAUCCAACAAUGGAGCACUACUCCUGCAUGAUUGACCUAUAUAGCAGAGCAGGGAUGGUGGAAAAAGCCAUGGAUAUCAUAAAUGGGAUGCCAUUUCCACCAGCUGCAACCGUGUGGCGCAUUGUUUUGGCAGCUUCCCGAGUACACCACAAUAUAGAGCUUGGGAAACUUGCAGCUGAAAAAAUUAUUGCACUCGAACCAGAAGACUCAGCUGCAUAUGUACUAUUAUCAAAUAUGUAUGCUGCGGCAGGAAACUGGCAAGAGAAAGUCAGUGUUAGAAAACUAAUGGAUAAGAGAAAGGUGAAAAAAGAACCAGGGUACAGUUGGAUUGAGGUGAAAAACAAGACUUACUCAUUCUUGGCCGGUGAUUUGUCGCAUCCUUUGUCAGAUCAUAUUUACUCAAAACUUUCAGAGUUAAAUACCCGGUUGAGGGAUGCAGGUUAUCAGCCUGAUACAAAUUAUGUGUUUCAUGAUAUUGAAGAUGAACAAAAAGAAACGAUUCUUUCUCACCAUAGUGAAAGGCUUGCCAUUGCCUUUGGCUUAAUAGCUACACUUCCUGGAAUUCCCCUCCAGAUUGUGAAGAAUCUUAGAGUUUGUGGAGAUUGCCACAGCUUUAUUAAGUUAGUAUCACUCAUUGAACAGAGAUAUAUUGUUGUUAGAGAUUCAAACCGAUUUCACCAUUUUAAAGAGGGUUUGUGCUCAUGUGGGGACUAUUGGUGAUGUUUGGGCUAAUAUGCUUUAUUUGUUUCGAAGAUUCUUUGGCUGAUCAGACCUUUGUUUUCCACAGAAUCCAUGAAUCUUCUCCAAGGCAUAAAUUCUCAUGGCAACUUUAAGGAAAGAGUGUAAUUGGAAUUGAAAUCCAUACGUAUACUUUUGAGGUAGAUAAUGGCAAUGAGUAUGAUGAUAUUGGUUUUCCACUCUUGGAUCGACCAUUGUAGAUGUAAUUAACGAAGAAAAGAGCAUUUGCUAAAAUUUGUUGGCUGAUUCCAGGAAUCCUGAAAGUCCCUACACAAUUUGAUGCUGGAUUGGUUCCUGCUAUGAUUUGUUUAGUUAUUUGCUAGACUAGCUAGGAGAAAAGCCUGAAAAAGUUUCUAGCAAAUAAUUCCAUUUACCCUUAAUCAGUA